AUGCCCACCGACUCCGACGACGAGGCCCUCUUCGCCGCCCUCGAAAACGAAGAAGACCCCAGCUACCGCGACACCCGCAUUCAACAACUAAACGCGGAGUUCGCAUCCUCAAAAACAAACCGCACCACCGACACAUCCCCCAGUGCUUUCGCUCCCACAACCCUCACCCAUUCAGACUCUUAUCCCACCCUCCAAUCCGACCAAUCCGUCCUUGACCACACAACCUCUACCACAAGGAGUCUAAUUCACUUCUACCACCCCGAUUUCACCCGCUGCGCCAUAAUGGACAAAACACUCACCCUUCUCGCGGGGUUACACCACGAAGUGCGCUUCGCGCGGGUCGACGUGCGCAACACGCCCUUUCUCGUGGAAAAGCUUGGUAUACGGGUACUGCCGUGCGUGAUUGGGUUUAAGGAUGGGGUUGGUGUGGAGCGGGUUGUUGGGUUUGAGGGGUUGGGGGAGAGGGGGUUUGAUGGGACAGAUAGCGGGUUUAGUGUGGGGGUUUUUGAGAGGAGGAUGGUUUCGAAGGGGGUCUUUAUGGGUGUUAAGGUUGGGGAUGAGAAUGGUGCGGGGAGUGGAGAUGAAGGGGAUGAGAGUGACGAUGAGAGGAGGAGGGGGAAGGGGAGGAAGAGUAUUCGGAGUGGGAAGGUUAGGAGGGAUGAGGAUGAGGAUGAUUGGGAUUAA